CAAAGAACGCCUCAUCCGCUUUCGCCCCUGCCCAGUCUGCAUCGUCGGUAUAGCUCGCCCUUCUCGGAGCCGGGGCUUGUCCCAGCCGCCUGUUACUUGGCCAUAACCCAAAAGGAUGAGGGAGAAAAGGUGAAAGUUGUUUGUGUCACUCAUAUCUCACAGGUGGUGAUGUGAGAGACGCCGGAAGAAGAGAAUUUAUAUGAAAGAAUAGCACAGUCAUGGCUCGUGGUCCCAAGAAGCACCUGAAGCAUGUAGCAGCUCCAAAGCAUUGGAUGUUGGAUAAAUUGACUGGUGUGUUUGCUCCUCAUCCAUCCACUGGUCCCUACAAGCUGAGGGAAUGUCUCCCUCUCAUCAUCUUCCUAAGGAACAGACUGAAGUGUGCUCUAACAGGAGAUGAAGUAAAGAAGAUCUGCAUGCAGCGGUUCAUUAAGCUUGAUGGCAAGGUCCGAACUGAUGUAACCUACCCUGCUGGUUUGAUGGAUGUCAUCAGCAUCGACAAGACUGGAGAGAACUUCCGUCUGAUCUACGACACCAAGGGUCGCUUUGCUGUUCAUCGUAUUACACCAGAGGAGGCCAAGUACAAGUUGUGCAAAGUGAGAAAGAUCUUUGUGGGCACAAAAGGAAUCCAACAUCUGGUGACUCAUGAUGCUCGCACUAUCCGCUACCCUGAUACCCUUGUUAAGGUGAAUGACACCAUUCAGAUUGAUUUGGAGACUGGCAAAAUUACUGAUUUCAUCAGGUUUGACACUGGUAAUCUGUGCAUGGUGACCGGAGGUUCUAACCUGGGAAGAAUUGGUGAGAUCACCAACAGAGAGAGGCAUCCUGGUUCUUUUGAUGUAGUUCAUGUGAAAGAUGCCAAUGGCAACAGUUUUGCCACCCGGAUUUCCAACAUUUUCGUUAUUGGCAGAGGCAACAAACCAUGGAUUUCUCUUCCCCGUGGAAAGGGUAUCCGCCUCACCAUUGCUGAAGAGAGAGAUAAGAGCCUGGCGGCCAAAAAGAGCAAUGGGUGAAAUGAUCUCUAGGUGACAUAAUUGGAAGAGUCUUUGUACUUAAGAUAAUAUAGCAUGAAAAAAAUUAAAACUUUUAUUUUGAGAUAAUUGUAGAUUUAUAUGUAAUCAUAAAAAGUAGCACAUAGAGACCCUGUGUAUCUUUUACUUAGUUUUCCUCAAUAACACUUUGCAAAACUGUAGUACAGUACCAGCCAGGAUAUUGAUGGAUACAGUAAGGACAUAGCAUUUCCAUUACCACAAAGAUCCUUUGUGUUGUAUCAUUUUACCAUCCUACAAGCAAUGUAUGAGAGUUCCAGUUGCUUCAUAGCCUCACCAACACUUAUUUUCCAUUUAAAAAAUUAUAGUUAUCCUAGCAGGUAUGAAGUAGCAAUUCAUUAUGGUUUUGAAUUGCAUCUCCCUGAUGGUUGGUGGUGAGCAUCUAUUAAUAUGCUUCUUGACUAUUUCUAUAGCUUUUUUGGAUAAAUGACAAUCCAAAUCCUCAUUUGCUUAUUUUAAAUUUUGUUAUUAAUGUUUUUAUUUUUGAGUUGUAAAAGUUCUUUAUGUAUUCUGGACACUCGAUAUUAUCAGGUAUAUGAUUUGCAAAUAGUUUCUCCCAUUCUGUUGUCUUUUUACAUUCUUGAUAGUGUCCUUUAACUUGCAAAAGCUUUAAAUUUUUGAUGGUGUCCAAAUCUAUUUUUUAGGUGUUUUAUCUAAGAAACUGUUGCCUUGAAAAUUUAAAAGUCUUGAAAAUUUACACCUAUGUUUUCUUCUAAGAGUUUUACAGUUCCAGCUCUUACACUUAGGUCUUUGAUUGAUCUUGAGUAAAUUUUUGUAUGUAGUAUGAAGUAGAGGUACAUAUUUAUUCUUUUUGCAUGUGGAUGUCCAGUAGUCUCAACAUUACUAAAAAGACUAUGUUUUCUAGCAUUGAAUGGUUCUGGCAUCCUUGUAGAAAUCAAUUGAGCAUAGAUGUAUGAGUUUAUUUCUGGACUCCCAAUUUUAUUUCAUGAUCUAUAUGUCUCUCCUUAUGCUAAUACCACACUGUCUUGAUUGUUAUAGCUUUGUGGUGAGAUUUGAAAUGGGAAGUGUGAAUCUUUCAACUUUGUUCAUCCUUUUCAAGGUUGUUUUGACUCUUGGGGUCACUUGCAUUUCCAUGUGAAUUUUAAGAUCAACUGGUAAAUUUUUGCAAAAUAAGUAUUUGGAAUUUCCAUCGGGGUUACAGUGAAUCUAUAGAUCAAUUUGGGAGUAUUGCUAUCUUAAUAAUAUCAGGUUUUCCAGUCGAUGAACAUGGGAUACCUUUAAAUUUAUUUAGAUUUUCUUUAAUUUUCAACAGUGUUUUAUAGUUUUUAGUGUACAAGUUUCAUACUUGUUCAUUACAUUUAUUACUAAGUACUUUAUUUUUGAUGCUGCUAUAAAUUGAAUUUUUUUUUAUGUUUGGAUUGUUCAUUGCUAGUGUAAAGAAAUACAAUUGAUUUUUGUUAUUGAUCUUGUAUCCAGUCAUUUUUCUAAACUUGAUAGCUCUAAUUGCAUGCGUGAAUUUUUU